AUGGCCGCGAGCUUUGGGGAGAAAUUGCUGGCCGAGGUGCAUGAGGAGACUCUGGAUCAGCUCCUGCAUGACUUGAAUUGCCUCUAUGAGAGUAGCAAUAACACCCCGAGACAGCGCCUCGGGAUCAAAGCACUGGAUGACCUGCUAGGAGUGUUUAUGCCAAUUCCUGCUGUUGCUGCCUGGGCACAAGCACAACAUCAACCUCCAGAACCGACCACUACUGACCAAGACGAGCAAGAGCAAGUCUAUCACGAAGGACCACCCGUCCAAUCGGAGCCAGAACAUGAUCUCAACAUUUAUGCUGGAGAGCAGAUCCUCCCACCGGCCCGUAUUAAAGGUACGGACCCAGUUUUGGAGAUUUCAAGUACGUCAUCUGGCGCCGGCAAAACCCAGACUCUGUACUACUUGACUGCCAUCGCGAUCUUGCCGUCUGAGUUUCACGGAGUCAAGCUCGGCCGGGGAUCUGCAGUCGUCUUCAUUGACACGGACGGCCGCUUUGACGCCGAGCGACUUGUUACCGUGGCUCGAGAAAUUGUGCACAAGAAAUUCAAGAGCCAGAAUGAGAAGACAGACUCGACGACCACAGAAGGUGUGCCUGCGUAUACCGAGGAAGACCUCCACACCCUGCUGGUGACCUCCCUGCAACAUGUCCACGUCUUCCGCCCUCAGUCCUCCGCAGCUCUUCUAUCUACUCUCCAAUCCAUGGACAAAUAUCUUUUCGACCUGACACGCCAUUUCUCCUCUGCCCGCCCGCUCCACACCAUCAUCAUCGACAGCGCAAGCGCCUUCUUCUGGCAGGAUAAACUACACGACGAAGUCGCUCGCACAGAGGACAUCGGACGCCCCUACGAAGAGAUCGAGAGUGAACGGCGCAAGAAGAAAAGCUUUUAUCUUUUCGAUAUGUAUGCAGAUCUCGUCGCGGAAUUGAAACGGCUGCAACGACUGUUUAGCUGUGCAGUUGUUUACACCACCAUUGCAUGGAGUGGGAGGUCCAUGCCUGGUCAAAUCUCUGCAUCCGGGCCUGCUGGACCCUUUCCCCUGUUUGAUCCCUCGGAUGUCCCUUUCUCAAGGACUCCAUCGUUCCGGUCUUCGCUUCCCGGGCCCUGGGGAGUGUUUCCGACUUUACGGCUUGUUGUCCAGCGGGAUGUAGUUAGGCCUUUCCCGCCUGCGAUGACUGUUCAUGAAGCGCAGCGAGAAGCUCCGAUGCGGCAGGAGGUUGUCUUGAAGGGGAGGUUUGUCGGAUGGGUGAACGGUUGGGGCCGGGAGGACUGGCCUAGGAGAGUGGUGGAGAAUUUGGAUGAAAUGGAUGGAGGGAUGUUUGGGUUCUAUGUUGGGACGGACGGAGUGAACUUUGAAUGA